CAGCAGCAGCAACAGCGGCAGCCUGAGCCGCGGCGGGCGCGGCGCCCCACUCUGUUGCCGGCGGCGCACCCGCACGGCCAGGAGUACCCUUCACACGCCGCCGUGGCGGCCGCCUCGCUCGGUCACCAGCACCGGCCCGACGACCGGCCACCGCUGCGGCACCCGGCCUAUAGGGGCUACGGCGAGCGCGAUGGGCUGCUGCACCUGGCGCCGUCGGUGUCGGCCUCGGGCGGCCACCACCCGGCCGCCAAGCUGCGCCUGCUGGACGGCAAGCCGCCAGCCGGUGCCGGCGGCCGGCUCUGACGUCCGGCUGCCGCUGCACAUCGUCACCAACAGCGACGGCGGGCACAUGGCCACCGCGCAGCGGGAGUCGUACAACCCGCAGACGGAGGCCAUCUCGCCGACGCUGCCGGCCGACGGUCUGGACGAGUCGCCGCUGCGCUCCACUAAGGACGAGCUGCUGCGCCAGAUCGGCACCAUCGACCGCGAGAUCAUGAAAGCCGAGUCGCAGAUCGCCAAGCUGAAGCGCAAGCAGAGCGAGCUGGAGGACCAGGCCAACAGGCCGGACGGCUCCGGACAGGAGGAGGACGAGAAAGAGUCGAAAAACCGCAGCCUCGCGCAGAUAAUCUACGCCGAAAAUCGGAAAAAGGCGCGGGUGGCCAAGGUCGAUCUGGAUAAGCUCGGACCUCAGGCGCCGGCCGACGACACGGGCUUCUCCCGACUGUUCGCCGCCAACCAGCCGCUCUACAACCAACCGUCCGACUCGCCCGUCUACCAGAGCAACCGGCAGACGUACCAGCGGCUGAAGCGGCCGCUGGUCUCGUACGUGCGCCGCCGCCGCCAGCAGCAAGAGAGCCGCGUCCGCACCACGGUCGAGGCCUACACUGAGAAGAUGGCCUCCUGGAUCCGGCAGAUCGAGAGGCUCGAGAGUCAGCCGAAAAACCGGCAGAAGGCGGCGAAGAACCGCGACUUCUACGAGAAGGUGUUCCCCGAGAUCAAGAAGGCGCGGGAGGAGCGGGAGCGUUUCAACCGUGUCGGUCGCAUGAUCAAGUCGGACGCCGAGAUGGAGGAGGUGAUGGAUGGCAUUCAGGAGCAGGAGAACGAGAAGCAGAAGAUGAAGUCGCUGGCUGUGAUACCGCCGCCGCUGCUGGACGCCAGCCGGCGCACCUACGUGUUCCACAGCACCGACGGCCUCAUAGCGGACCCGAUGAUCGUGCACAACGAGCUGCCCAACCACAACGUGUGGACCGAGGCGCAGCGCGAAGCGUUCCGCGAACGCUACAUGCAACACCCCAAACAGUUCCACAUGAUCAGUGCCGCGCUCGACGGCAAGACCACCAGCGAGUGCGUCAACUACUACUACAUGAGCAAGAAGCAGGAGAAGUACAAGGAGCGGCUGAAGAAGGCGCGCACGCGCGGCCGGAACCGCGGCCUGGCCAAGCCGGCGCCGCCUGUGUCGGCCGUGGAGGUGAUCGGCGCCAAUGUGACGGGCGUGACGACGCGCGGCUCGAUGGCGGCGCUGCAGCAGCGCGAGAAGGCGGGUGGCGCGCCGGCCGGUGCCGCCGUCAACAGCAUUGCCUCGGACGCGGUGGCCGACGAGGCCGGUGCCGACGAGAAGCCGGCCGCGUGCAGCCCGCCGGCGGCGGCGGCGCCACCGGCGCCGCCGCUGUCCGCUGCCGACACCGUCGCCAGCGAGACGAAGGCGGGCAAGAAGCGAGAGCGACGAAAGGGCGAGGAGGAGCGGCGCAAAGCGGUGGUCAGCAGCGACGAGGAGAACGAGAACACGGGCAAGGGCGGUCCGCACCCGUGCGCCGUGUGCCAGGCCCAGCUGGAGCACUUCGGCCAGUCCCGUCCGCUGCCGGCCUCGCACGCCGCCAUCUACGGCCUGGCCGAGCACGGGGUGGCAGAGGAGGCGCGCGUCUGUACCUCCUGCCGCUGUCGCUCCGUCAAGCGACGCUACUCGCACAUCAAGUGUCCCAUCCCCACCUGCCCGACGCCCAAGUUCCGCGUGAAGCGGCUGCGCCCGCUGCCGGCGCGCUGGGCCGAGAUCGCGCCCGAGACGCGACAGGCCAUCGCCCAGGAGCUGCAGAUCACGCCCGAGGUGGUCAAGUGCUGCUCGGCCUGCCACAACCGGAUCGCGCGCAAGCUGGCGCCGGGCGAGGCGCCCGAGGAGCCGGCGGCGUGGUCGGACGCCGAGAUCGAGCGGUUGCGCGGCGGCCUGCGCGCGCACGGCGCCGACUGGCCGCGCCUGGCCGACGCCGUCGGCGGCCGCAGCGCCUCCCAGUGCAAGCGGUUCUACAUCGACCACAAGCUACGUCAUAAGCUGGACGAGGUCAUGGCCGAGUACAAGCGGCUGACCGGCGACAAGGAAGGCAACCUGGUGGUCACCGACGAGGAGGAGUCGGGCAGCUCCACCUCCAGCGCCGACGACCCGGAGGCGCGCGCGGCCGCGGCGGCGUCGGCGGCCGCCGCGGCCCGCAACGACAGCGAGUCCACGGCGUCGGCACCGUCGCCGCCCGCCACCGCCGCCACCGCCAACGGCACGCAGAACGGCGAGGUGUUGAGCGUGCCGGAGCGGGACCCGGCGCCGCCCGCUCCGUCGCCGCCCCCGCCGCCGCUGGCGUCCGCGGCGUCAGCACCAGCAGUGGCGCACGGCGCCGGCGAGCGACAGAACGAUGGCGGCGACAGCUCGGAAACGGUGUCGGCGGAUGAGGCAACGAACGACACUGAGGAUAAAGUGGAGCCCAAGUAUUUAUCGGCGGCGCGCGUGCCCACGCCCGCCUCAACUAUCUCGCCGCGGCCCGGACUGCCCACGUGCACCAACGUGGUGAUGGGCCACCUCAUCGACGCCACAAUUAACAAGUCGUUCCCCAGCGUGAUGGCCAAGGACCGCGAGGCGAUGCAGGCGGCGGGCGGCGCGCCCAGCCUGACCAUCAAGAGCCUGCUGGCGACGCCGGAGCAGUAUCAGCCGGCGCCGCUGCCCGCCCGCCCGGCGCCGAUGCUCUCGCGUGCUGACAGCAACGAGGUGCAGGACCUGAGUGUGCGCAAGCCUGCGGCGCCGGUGGCGGUGCCGGCCGGCGCGCCGCUCAGCCUGACGCGCAAGCCGGUGGAGCCGCGCCCGGCGGCGCCCGAGCCGCGGCCGCCGCCGGCGCACCGCGGCCUGCCGGCGCCGCGCGACGCCUACUACGCCGACAUGCGCAUUCGCUCGCCCUCCCAGCCGGUGUUUAUGACGGACCCGCGCGCCGGCCUGGCGCCGCCGCCGCCGCACGCGCUGCACCAGCCGCGGCCCGUGUCGCCGGCGCCGCCGCCGCGCGUGCUGCCGCCCAAGAUGGGUCUGAAGCCGGCGCCGCCGCCGCUGACCAGCUCGCGCCCUGCGCCGCCGCCGGCGCACAUGCCCGGCCGGCCCGACCCCAAGACGGCGCCCAUCUCGGUGCGCACCGGCUCCGGCUCCAUCACGCAGGGCACGCCGCUCGCCAACAUCCCGCACGCGGCGCCUUACGAGGGCCUGCUGCGACCGAUGACCCCGCAGCAGCAACAACAGCAGCAGCAGCAGCAGCAACAGCAGCACCAGCACCAGCAGCACCAGCAGCACCAGCACCAGCAUCACCACCAGCACCAGCACCAGCACCAGCAGCAGCAGCUGCCGCCGCCGCCACCGCCCAAGGACGGCGGCAGCAUCACGCAGGGGACGCCCAUCCACGCCGACCCGAAGCGUGGCGCGCCACCGCAGCUUAAAGAACACCCGACCACCGGCUACGACUCGCGCGGCGUGCUGGUGGUGGUUCAGGACGGCAUGCGGCCCGGCGGCAGCUAUGACGGCCGGCUGGCGCCCGAGCACUACAAAGGCGCGCGCAUGUCCCCCGGCCGGCCGGCCUACCCGUACCCACCGGGCGUGCCGGCCUCGUACCACCACCACGCGGCUCAGCAGCAGCCGCACGCGCAGCGGCGGCCGCCGCCCCCGCCACCCGACCACCUGUCGUCGCGGCAUGUGCUCCUUACCGACUACAUCACGUCGCAGCAGAUGCACGGUCGCCGCGACAGCCGCGGCGGUCCGGCCGACAAGGAGCUGCGCAGCACGCCCGGCCUGGAGCCGCAGCCCAUGUACUUCUCAGCGGCCGGGCCCGGUUACCAGGGCGUCUCCGGCUAUAUGCGACACCCGGCGGCCGCGCGUGACACUCCGCCGCCGCACCACCAGCAGCACCAGCAUCAGCAACAGCAGCAACACCAGCAGCAGCAGCAGCAACAGCAGCAGCAACAGCAGCAACAGCAGCAGCAGCAACAACACCACCACCAACAGCAUCAGCAGCAUCAACAACAACAACAGCAACAACACCACCAGCAACAGCAGCAACAGCAGCAACAGCAGCAGCAGCAGCACCAGCACCAGCAGCAGCGGCAGGGCGUUAUCCAGCGGCCGACGGCCAGCCGGGUUCAGGCCAAGCCUGGCCCGUCCAUCCCGGCGCCGCAUGAUAGCUACCACAAGCCGCCGGCCUCGCAGCACGGUCAGGACAACUUCAGUACGCUGGUGGACGUGGCUGUGGCGCAGAGCAGCCUGAUGGUACCCAGUCGGGAGGAGCAGCUGCGCGAGAUCGCGCGCUACGGCCGGUCGCUGUUGCAGGAGCCGCCGGCGCAGGCGCAAGAGAUGCGCGGCGGCCGCCCGCCCAACGACAAGUCUGGCAUUACCACCAUGAGCUUGAUCGAGACGAUCAUUAGCCGCUCCAUCAACCAGGAGAACUGUAGCCAGCCCGUGACGUCGGCGCCAGGCCACGGCGAGCUGAGCGGCAGCGACCUGCGCGCUCCAUCCUACAAGCAGGCGCGCAGCCCGGCCGCCAAGGACAUGAUGGUGCUCGAGUCGUCCAACGACAAGCGCCCCGGCUCGCGCCCGAUUCACAUGGACGGGGCGGCGCCGGCGCACGAGGAUGGCCGGCCGGCGCGCUCGACGCCGCUGUCGGCGGCGGCGCGGCCCGGUCCUCUGUACGCCGGCGGCCGACCGCAGCCGUACCAUCAGCCGUUGGAGCCGCACCCCCGGCUGACUAUGAUGAUCCCGCGCGCCAGCGUCAGCGCCGUCAGUCCGAUGGCGUUCCAGGGUCGGCCGAUGGCGCCGCCCGGCCACCGGCAACACCUCAUCGCCUCGCCGCUCGACUACGUCAAGUACCGGAUCGCCGAGGCGAUGCGCACGCCGGACACGGCCGGCGAGGCAGGCACCGAACACCGGGAACGGCCGGCGUCGCGCGGCACCGUGCGGCCACACAGCCCGCGCGCCACCUACGAGCCCGUGAAGCGGGCGCGCGUGGAGCCGGCCGAGCACAAGGGUGCCGAGACGGCGGCCGAGCGGGCCGAGGCGGACAAGAGCGCCGAGCAGCUGAAGCUGGCCAUGGCGGCCGGCUACUAUCCAUACCGGCUGCGCCGCCAGGAGGCGGUGGCAGAGCCGCAACCGCCGCCGCCACUGUUCCGCUACUACGUGCUCGGCCGCGAGGGUACGGUGGAGAGGACCUUCCUCUCGCCGCACGACUUCGACUCGCUGGCGCCGGGCCGCGUCGUCGCCACGGUCGGCACCAUCGUCAACGCCGAGGUGGCUUCGCUGGGCGAGCAGGGCCAGAGCACUGUAUCGCCGGAGGUGAUCCGCUACCCCGACCCGUUGCCGUCCGCCCCCGAGAUCAGGCUGAACGUGAUGCUGCUCUCGGACCCGGAGGUGGCUAUGGCGACCGAGGUGCCGCUGGAGGAGGUGGCGUACAUGCAGACGGAGCGCGCGCCGCCCGCUCGGGUGCAGUACUUCGUGCCGGCGCAGGCGUCGCCAGCCUCAGACGAGAUGGCCCAGCUGAUGGCCGCGGACCAGGGCGCGGUCGAGUCGGUGCCGCUGGCGCCGACCGCGGGCGGCCUGUACUCGCCGUACCGGCACCACUCGGUUUUGUCACGUCUCGUCAAUGAGCACACCGGCGAGGCGGCUGGUGUCCGGGCGCCGGAGACCCGCCCGCCACAGCAGGCGGAGAACAUACCCGAGGCAGGACAAAAGCAGAACUCUCAGACAAAUGAGCAGUCGUCGUCGGCUAGUGUGAUCAACAGGGAGGCCAUGAGCCCUGAUCAAGUGCAGACAAUGGAAAACCUUAUCCAGUUUCUCAUGCUACAAAACAGCUCAGAGCUUAUGGACCUGGGCUCUGUGGACGGCUUGAUGGGAACUGGUGACACAGCGCCCGUCACUGAGCAGGAGGAAGCGGAGGUUCUCGACAACGCCACUUUCAACACAAUCGAUGCAGCCAUCCCCCACCAGCCAACCGAUCACGACAGCCUUGACUCGGACGACGACUUCUUCCCGACAGGCGAGGGGUCGGGUCCCUCCGCGCCGGCGGCUCCCGCCGACCUCGCGGCCGACGAACAAGCGUCGCACGACCCCGACGACCUUAUCCCCGUGCUGGAGUACUCAGCCCCGGCCGGCGGCAGCGGCCUGGAGCCCGCCGACGGAUCGGAGCUCGAGCCCACGGACGAAGCCGUGGACGAUCCGACGGAAGCGUCCGUCGAGGCGUCGGCCGACGAGCGAGGGGACGAACCGGCGGACGCGUCCGUCGAGGCGUCGGCCGACGAGCAAGGAGACAAGCCGGCGGACGCGUCCGUCGAGGCGUCGGCCGACGAGCGAGGGGACGAACCGGCGGGCGCGUCCGUCGAGGCGUCGGCCGACGAGCGAGGGGACAAGCCGGCGGACGCGUCCGUCGAGGCGUCGGCCGACGAGCGAGGGAACGAGCCGGCGGACGCGUCCGUCGAGACGUCGGCCGACGAGCGAGGGGACAAGCCGGCGGACGCGUCCGUCGAGGCGUCAGCCGACGAGCGAGGGGGCGAGCUGACGGGCGCGUCCGUCAAGGAGUCGGCGGACAAGCGUGUGGACGAGCUGGCCGAAGGCAGCGGCGCGGCGCCGGAGCCGGCUCGGCCGACCUUCACGCUCUCCAGCCUGUUCCGUCCAGGCGUGCAGGCGGACGGGGGCCACAUCCUCUCCUUCUCGGUGGAUGGCGGCUCGGGCCAGGCUCCGAUCGACGCCGGGGUCGCCUUCGACGGCCUGUUCCUGACGCUGGACGACAACGACAGCGGCCUGGAGCGGCUGGCGGCGGCCGCGCUCGACGACGUCGGGGCGGAUCGGCUGGAGGCUGCAGGGUGA